AUGAUUGCAAAGUCUCGAAUAGAGAAGGAGCAUGUACAAGUCUUGAGGAAGUUGUUCUUAAGGUUAAGGAAGUUUCAGCUAAAACUCAAUCCAGCCAAAUGUACCUUCGGAGCCAAGUCCGAAAAGCUUCUCGGAUUUGUGGUUAAUGAGAAAGGGAUUGAGAUUGAUCCAGACAAAUUCAAAGCCAUACAAGAGCUAUCUUCGUCGCGUACCCAGAAAGAGAAAGUAAUAAAAAGGAGUGCAAUAGCAUAUUUUCUAGCCAGUAGAGCUUUGGAAGAUUACGAGCCCUUAAACUUCGAUUUCCCGAAUAAAGACCUGAUGUGUGUUGCGACCACUGAAGAAGGUGCUCUGGAAGAACUUCCCUGGGAACUAAACUUCGAUGAGGCAUCAAAUGCUGUGGUGGAGCAAGCUGAAGAUAGCAGAUCUGGUCUCCCUGAAGUUGCAGUAGAGAAAAUCGGAGUAACGAGUCUUAUCUCCCUGAAGUUGUAG